CACCGGGCAGCGGCAUACAAGACAGCUGUGGUGGUCGGGUCGUGAGGAGACCAAAGUCAGUUGUGAGCGCGACCUUGGUGAGGCAAGUAGCUCAGAAGUCCGGGAACUCAUUGUUCCAGCCCUGCAUCACUCAUAUCCAAACGUACAUGAGAGACAGUGACCUCUUUUGCAACGAGUGAAGUGAUUCAUUCUGUUUUGAAGGUUCUUACUAUAAGAAUAUUUUUCAUUGUAAACGUUGGUUGUUGGUCGAUAAUUUCGUCUAGGAAAAUGUCGGCUGACCUGAUAACCGAGAGGCCAAGGCACAGUUCUGCCUUCAGUACAGUGACAAGAAAAAGUUUCAGUAGCUUUUCAGUAGACUCCAUUUUAGGAGCCUCGAAUUCUAAGCCUAGCAGUUCCCCUUCACCUCCCAGACCUGAUUCCUCAAGUCCCCCGUCAACCUCAAGAGGACUUCUUUCUUCCCCUGUCCGGCGGAUAGAAGUUUUGACCUCCCCAGAACAUUCCCCUUCUUGUGGCUCCCAUAUCUCCCCUUUACGAAACUCCAGCUCUACUUCACAUGCUCACUCUUCCCCUGAAAAUGUAACAAAUUCAAUAAAAUCUUCUACGCCAGAUCGAGGUCUAUCCUCACACGAUGCUGAUUACUAUGAAAAAUAUGGAUCACCUUCAAGGUGUUCAUCUGCAGAGUCGGUCGAACAAUCCCAUCUUCUUCUCAAUAAUCAUCGCUCGUUGACACAUCUUCCUCAACAAGUGCACUCUAGUUACGAACCACCCCAUAGCCAACAACUAUCACAGCCUCAACAUCGCAUUAGCCCAAUAAAAAGUGAACCUCUCCACUUAGUGGCUCUAACCCAACAGUCUCCUGAGGACCUCUCGACGACAUCAUCAAGGGUAUCAGAAGGAGGCUGCAGGAGCGACGAAGACAGAGAAGACGAGGAUGAAUCAGAAGAUAUUAACGUGAGUCAUGAAAGUGACGAAGAGAUGAGGCUUAUCCCAGACCCCAUUCCAUGUUAUCCAAGCCAUAUCCUUCAGGGGCACCCGACUUAUGCCCCAGGUCCUCCCGGAGCUCAUCAUCCUCUGCCUGGGUCUUGGCCUCCAUCACCGUUCAACUUCUUGCAGCAUCACCUCGCUUUCAGGCACUUCGACAAAUCUUCGGAAGGCCCUCGAUUUCUUGGCCCCGUCAAAGUGACUCUUCGCAAGCACAAGCCAAACCGCAAGCCGCGGACGCCGUUCACGACGCAACAGCUGCUCGCCCUCGAGAAGAAGUUCCGUGAGAAGCAAUACCUGAGCAUCGCUGAGCGCGCCGAGUUCAGCGCUUCACUUAACCUCACCGAAACUCAGGUCAAAAUUUGGUUCCAGAACCGCCGUGCCAAAGACAAGAGACUCAAGGAGGCUGAGAUCGAGCGACUUAGAUUCACGUCGCGUCCUCUGAUCUCCCACAACUCAUUGCUCCCUCCGGCCUCCCUCAUGGCCCCUUUCCUCAUGUCCCCCAUGAUGCCUGUAACCUCAAUGGCCUCACACGUAAGGCCUCCUCUAUUCCUCAACAGUCUACCCCCAACCUCCAUACCCUCAACCAUGCAACCGUGUACAGGUGGAGCGUAGUACUUUCUAAAGCAAUAAGUACUGUACAUAAAUAAAACCAGAUGAAUGUAUGUAUAAAGUUAACUGUUGAUUGUCUCGAAAUAAUGCAAUGGAUAGCCAUGAGCAUAUCAUUAUACAAUUUUUGUUUAGUUAGUGUUAUAAAAUGUUGAAUUGAAAUCACGAAUAUUAGAGCAUAUAAGCUGCAAACGCUUGGCACAUCCAUGCUAUGCGUAAUGUUGACUUAAGUUGAGUUAGCUUGUCAUCAUAUCACUCGCUGCAAGCCGUAAAUUUUCAACGGCACUGCGUGGUCAACUUAUUACCACACAGUUUUAUCAGUACAGCGGUGUAUGCUGGGAGCCUCACAUAUCAUUAGCGUGAGUGAUAUAAAAUCUCAGGGCAUUUGUUGUUAUCAUUUAGAAGCCUUGGAAUAUUUUGGCUUUACUUUUAUAGAGUUUCAAGCCUCACUAAUACGACACUGAUAACUCGGGACAUAUUUAUAAAAUUUACAUGUGGAUCCAGAACAGGUCAUAUAUGUGCUGUAAGUUGAGGUUAGCGCUGAUCUGAGAGGAUGGGUUCUUAAAUUUGUCUAUGGGUUUCUAACAUGAACAGAAAAUUGUAUUUCCCGUUGUAAUGCAGUGAAUUCAUAAUAUAUUUCCAGAUUUUAUUGUCGAAGAAAUUUCUAGAUACAUAAAUUUUUUCUAGAUUUUGGCAUUCCUAUACUUCUCUAAUGAUCCCACAAUGAUAUGAAUUUCUUUAAACUAUAUGAUAUCUCCCUAUUUCUCAUUUGUAAUUUAACAAGAGAAAAUUGAGUAAAUGUUUGUAUAACUUCGCUAACGAUUCUUUCAGCGAACCCGCAAAUGCUUUUGAUAUUGUGUUAAGUUUUGCAAAUCAACUCUUGAGGCUCGAGAUGUUCAACGAUCAAACCAAAGAAUAGUUUAGAAUCUACGUGUGACUCUACUUGCCUACAAAAUAUAAGUUUAAUUCUUAUCUAUUUUUUCUGU